GCCCUCUCGACGAUAUAUAAACCCGGUCGAUCGAGGACCAGACAACAGACAUCUCUUCGCAGUCUCUGAGGACACUUGCAGCCGCCCAAGAGAAGCCACCAUGAACUCCCGCGCCCUCGUCGCCCUGCUCCUGUGCGGUCUCCUGGCCACCACGGAGUCCACCAUCAUCGUGGCCGCAGGAACCACCGCCGCCACAGCAGCCGCAGCGGGCCUGGCCUGGCUGGGCCUCGGCGCCCUGGCCGUGGUCAAGGGCGCUCUCAUCGGCACCGCCGUCGCCAGGGGGAAGAGGGACGUCAGCCAGGAGGAGCAGGCGCAGUCCAUUGAGGUGGCUCUCGACGUAGCUCAGCAGAUCGACACAGCUGGCUGCGUGGCCAAGCUGCUGUGCGAGCUCGAGGCCAUGCCCGCCGACCAGCUCUCCCCCGCCAUGGCCGCCCUCAAGGCCGCCUUCGGCAACCCCGAGAGCGUCAACUUCCACAAGCUGAGGACCUCCCGCGGCGUGUACGACCUGGCCGCCACCUUCGGCGCCAAGGUGGCCAAGAACGACCCGAAGGCGUGCGACCGCCUCUUCGAGUCGUGCCCGCUGCCCGGCGACGAGCUCUUCUUCAUGCUGGAGACCGUGCUGGCCUGCUAGGCGGAACUGGCGGCCGGCGAGGCGUAGGAUAAGCGGCGCGGCCUCCGUCUGCGUGGGGCGCUCGGGUGCGGGUUAGCUGUCAGGGCCUUGACUGGAACCUCGCACUCGAGCUCCUGUCCUUCUGGUCGGGAUGUCUGACCACUUCGAAAAUAGCUUUAAGUUCUUUGCUCAAAUAUACAGAAAAUAAUUAAGAAU